AUGUUGCUUCUAGCAAAGCUCGUGGCUGCAAGCGUCCUCUUUUGCUUUCUGGCGGGAGGAACGACUGUGGCAGCACUUCGGAAUGUCACGAUCGACGAUCAAUUCGGAGAUGAACUAUCGCGCGUCCGUCCUACGUACUCGCCGACGCUGGGGUGGACGUCUGGUGGCGCAGGAGCUGUGAAGCUGGACACUUCCUUAGUGCACAAUGGGACAUGGCACGAUACCACUCUUUAUCCUGGUGGAGAGUCGAAGCGCGUCAACUUUACGUUUACAGGCAUUUCGUUGUAUGUAUACUGCAUCAUCGCAAACACGCCUCCUGGUCCUCCAUUCUUCGACGCGGACGCGGAUUACAAAUUCCUCAUCGACGGUGAGCUCGUCGGAAGGUACACACACGAAGCAGAGCCGAACAUCCCAAACUACUUCUACAACACCCCCGUCUACGUCAAUACGACCUUGCAAAACAAAGCCCACAAUUUUACGCUUCUUGUGGAUUCCCCCGCCAAGCCCAUUCUGUUAUUGUUUGACUAUGCCGUUUAUACAACGAGUGGCGAAGAUACUGUUGAUUCGUCUGCUACGGAGUCCUCAACGGCGCUGAACCAGCCUACCGAGACGCCCGGCCAGACCGUUUCAUCUCGGACACAAGUGAACGUGGGCGUCAUCGUCGGCCCCGUGAUAGGAGGGAUAUCCCUUAUCACCGUCAUCCUCGCCGCCUUCCUCUUUCGUCGCCGGCGAAAAGCGCGGAAUGCUCAGGUACUCGAAGUAUCGACGCCGAGCCCAAAAGUCAUCGAGACCGGGACUCAAGGUAAUAGGGGUAGUAGUGAAGCGAGGGAUCCGGAUCCUGAGCCUGGACCUGAACGUGAGGGAGACUUGGUGCAAGAGAUGAGGGAGAUGCGCCGAGAAUUGCAGCGUCUACGCCAGCAGAGUGCAGGCACGCCUCCCCCGUACGCCGCGUAG